UUUGCACGUCAAACACUUUCACAAGAGCUCAGAAAAGUAGCUACAGCUCAACUUGUAGUGUAAUGUAUCCACUUCCAUCGGUGUUACAGCAUGACAACCGUCCUCAAGAAGCCAAACAAAGGCGUGAAGCAUGCUGAAAACUAGAGCCGUCCUGUGAGCCAAAGGUCACCAUGGAGACAGACGAAGCACCUGGGCAGCCUAAUGACGACAGGGCGGAGACCUGCACUGUAUCCGUCAAAGGUCUGACUGAGAACUGGCAGAAAUGGUCCAACGACCACUGCGAGUAUCAGAAACACAAUCCCUUCAGCAAUGGCAAGGUGACUCCCCCGCAGAUCCAGCCAGGACAGGAGGGCUACGGCAGGCCCUUAGAGGGCUCUAAAACAGAGCAGAGAGGAAAAGAUGCCAACUCUCACAUCAGCAGAGAGGUCACAGAGCUCUGCCAGGUCAUUAGGGAGAUCGGAGCGAGCGGUGACGACAGCAGGGUGUCUGUGCAGUUUGGGACGCUGUUUGAGAGAUACGUCAAUAUCUCUAAUAAACUAGUGGGAGUUCUGCUGCGAGCACGCAAGCAAGGGCUGCUGAACUUUGAAGGAGAGAUGCUGUGGCAGGGGAGAGAUGAUGGAGUGCUCAUCACCUUAUUACAGUGAUUUACAGUAGUGCUGGACACCAUGUACCUGCCUGUCCACAAUUGCUUUAUAGAGAUCCGUUGUACUUGAACAUGGGUUAAGAGAGUCAGUUGUCGGCCAAAGAAACUUAUGCUAAUGAGUGUAUUGUAACUUUAGGAGUGUAUACAAAUAAAAGUAGACCCUUUACAGAUUCAA